AAUGGGGAUAGGGAAGGGGCGGGCCGUCCCCGCCCCCUCCCCGCGCCAAUGGGGCCGGGCCGGGCGCGGGCGGUGCGGGAGGCGCAGCCGAGGGAAGAUGGCGGAGGAGGAGAAGCUGCCCGCGGGCUGGGAGAAGCGCAUGAGCCGCAGCUCCGGCCGUGUUUAUUACUUCAACCACAUCACAAAUGCCAGCCAGUGGGAACGGCCCAGCGGCAGCGGGAAGAACGGCCAGGGGGAGCCCAGCAAAGUGCGGUGUUCGCAUCUCUUGGUGAAACACAACCAGUCCAGAAGACCCUCGUCGUGGAGACAGGAAAAGAUCACACGGACCAAAGAUGAGGCACUGGAGCUUAUAAAUGGCUACAUCCAGAAGAUAAAAUCGGGAGAAGAGGAUUUUGAAUCUCUGGCUUCCCAGUUUAGCGACUGCAGCUCGGCCAAAGCGGGAGGCGAUCUGGGUGCGUUUGGGAGAGGUCAGAUGCAGAAACCUUUCGAAGAUGCUUCGUUUGCGCUGAGGGCUGGUGAGAUGAGCGGCCCCGUGUUCACAGAAUCAGGGAUCCACAUCAUCCUACGCACGGAGUGAAGUGCCUUGGUGACCCGUCGAAAGGAAAAGGGCGAGGGGAAGAAAGGAGAGAAAAAAAUAAAUAAAACGACAACGGAAAAAAAAAACAAACAAACCAACAACGGGAAAAAAAAAAAAAGCCAACCACAAAAACAAAACCUACUCCGACCCUGCACUCUCCCAAAUGAACUUCAUCUCCAAUUUAAGAGAAAAAAAAAAGCAAAAAAAAAAAAAAAAAGCUUAUUUCAUAUCUCAGUGUCUUCUGUGGCACCUGCCCCUGUGUUUUGCCCCCCCGCCGAGGUGCAUGGUCAGCCCAGGGUGAGACCCCCACCCAAAAUAAAGCCAGUAGCGUCUUUCAUCAGCAGAGGGAAUGUUUAAACCCAACGUUUUUGGGGGGGGGGAUGCCACAGCCGCUUGAGUCCUGUUGCCGUGUCUCCUUAAGCAGAGGGAUGGUGGAUGCUAAAGGUCACACACUUCAGUGCUUCCCCCCUCCCCCACCCCCCCCCCACCCCCCCCCAAUUAUUUAUUGCCGCGACGUGCGAACGGCAGGUGCUGGGACGGAACGAACACCCCAACCCCUCUGCAUGUUUCUUUCCACUUUUUUUUUUUUUUUUUUUUUAAAUUUUUAUUUUUUGGAACCAGCCCCAACGCCAUUUCGCUCCGCUCUGGGUGGGUUGACCAACCCAUUAAUUAAAAACCAAUUAAACCCGGCGGGUAGCAAACGAGGAGCCAGCUCGUCCGUCCGUAGCUUCCCUUCAACUUCCCUUCUCCCAUCCCUCCAUCCCUUCCCCACGGUGGCACCGGCAGCUCCCUCUGCUCCUGCCAUCGCUUUCAACUCUUGGAAAAACUUGAAGAUGCCUUUUUUUUUUUUUUUGGGGGGGGGGGGGGAGGGUCUGAUGACAAAGAAGAGUUCCUGGCCAGUGGUUGCCACCACAGGCAGAUCCGUAGCCGGCCCCAACUCCGUCGCGGUACAUAGGAUGCUCUGUGCUUCCACAGCCUGGAGUCGCUCCGUAAUUUUAUUUUUUUUUUAUUAUUUAGGAUGCCAUUCUGUAGGACGGACAUUAUCUUGGAUUUUUUUUUUUCUUUUUAGCUAGAAAGCUGUUGGGUUUUGGGGGGGGGGGGGGGUUGGGGUUUUGGUUUUUUGUUUUCUUUUUUCCUCCGGCUCCUCUUGAAUCCCACUUGUGGUUUAAACACUGUAAGGCGUUGUUUUCCAGUUACGCUGCGUUGCUUCUGUUUAGCAAAAUAAAAAGGGGGGGGGAAUUAAAAAAAAUUUAAAAAUAAAAAAUAUCCCAGCUUCGGUCCAAUGCAAACCAGCUGUAUAGUUCCAGCUCUCUUACGCAGAAAAUAAAACCCUCUCCAAUUAAA